UCGAGGUCGGUUGUCGGUUCGAUCUUUGCGCUGGGGUUCUCUCCCAUCAAAUGGACGCUUGAAGUCGCAGGUCAGAUUUCUAGCCAUAAUUGUCGUCAAGUUGUCGUUGCUACUGAUUUUGAUUGACCGGUCACACAUCGCAUCUGGUUGGUUUCCGAGAAAACAAAGGGGAAAACCGUCGGGAAAUCAAGGAGUUUACAGUUUACACCCAUCUAGGGUAUCUGAUCAAUAAGCGACAGGCGGGAUGCAGGCAUCAAGGGCAAGGCUUUUCAAGGAGUACAAAGAGGUCCAGCGAGAGAAAGCAGUUGAUCCAGAUAUUCAGCUAGUCUGUGAUGAUUCUAAUAUAUUCAAAUGGACUGCUCUAAUCAAGGGGCCAUCAGAAACUCCUUAUGAGGGGGGAGUUUUCCAGCUUGCUUUCUCAGUCCCCGAGCAGUACCCCUUGCAACCUCCUCAAGUACGGUUUUUGACAAAAAUAUUUCACCCAAAUGUGCAUUUUAAGACGGGAGAGAUUUGCCUUGAUAUCUUGAAAAAUGCAUGGAGUCCAGCUUGGACGCUCCAAUCUGUUUGUAGGGCUAUAAUUGCUUUGAUGGCCCAUCCAGAACCAGAUAGCCCACUGAAUUGUGAUUCAGGUAAUCUACUACGUUCUGGUGAUACCCGAGGAUACCAGUCCAUGGCAAGGAUGUACACAAGGCUCGCUGCUAUGCCAAAGAAGGGUUGAAUUCAGAAAUCCCACUUUUCUGUUCCCUUAAAUAAUCCUUUUAUCAUUGCCUUGCAACGAUUGUGACAAUAACUUCAUCGCUGCCGUACAGAAGUCCCACUUUUCUGUACUCUUAUAGAAGAACCUUAUCAACCAAAGCUCCAAUUAGUUGUCCUAAUUGGCUUAUUAUGGUUUAAUCUUGAUGAUUCUUCUGAUU